ACUAGUUGCUCACUGUCGGCUGUCGCUGUGCAUUCUCGCCAUCUUCAGCUCGCCGUGAAGCUCAUCGUGCCUACUCAUCAUCACGAGCCGUCGCCUCCACCUCGCUAGCUCCAUCCGCUCUCCGCUGUGAGGUUCGUCUGGUGUUGAGUGUGGUUUGGGUGAUCUCUUCCUCCUUCAUCAUUUCUCCAAACGUGUUUGAGCAUCCGAUCUGCUAUCACCCUCGUUGAAGCGGUGGUCGUCGCAGCUCUGCAUUUGGGUUGUGCUUGGAGAUCUUAGGUUCCUAGUAGAACGCAUGCUCCGAUCUACCUCUGUCACGGUUCAUUGUCGCCAAUCUGGUACAGAUUUGAUGAAAAAAUUCAAAGAUGUUCUGGCUUCAGGAGACUCUAUGUAUGCAUUAUCAGCCUCACAAUCUCAGUCAGCACCUGUUCCAAAGGCUGACACAAAAGCGGAGGAGGAUAUUUAUAGAAUCGGGCUGGACCAGGAGGAAGGGUUGGGUGACAGUGAGGACAAAAAUUUUGGUAUUAACCUAAUAGCCAGUAUAGGAGUGACAGGUGAUUUGGCCGGUUGUGACUUAAACAACCCUACAAGUAGUGGACUAGGUGAUCCGGGAAGCGAUAAAAAGAGGAAGAGGUGUGAGACGUCUAAUGUGAACAAGAAAAAAAAAGUCGCCACCUCUACUAAAAUUGUUGAUAGCCUUAGUGUUAUAGUUGCUGCUUCUAAGCAGCGAGCAGCAACAUUGAACGACGAUCCCCAUGCAUUUAAUAAGGUUUUGGCGCACCUGGCUGACCUUAAAGAGCUUAAUGAUGACGGUCAACUAUAUUAUGCAUGUGCUAAGAUGCUUACACGGUUGAGGUGGGCUAGACAAGUUUAUUUGACACUUGUGCAUAAUAAACGUAAGUUGUUGAGGUGGUUAAUACCGGCAGCACAAGACCCAGACAUAUGGAAAGGAUUUAUAGUUUAG